UAGGCUGUUCACACUGUUAUUGAAUACCACGGAGUAUACUUCAAGGCAGUAAUCAAAGAGGAAUAACUUAUUUUCAAAAGGGAAUAUCCGCUUUUACAUUUCAGAUAAACGGGAUUAAGCGACAUAUUGCAACUGAACCAUGCCUGUGUCUAGGAUGAGACUGAGGCCUUGGCUUGAGGAUAAGAUCGAGUCACACACUAUCAGUGGACUGGUUUGGGUAGACAAGGACAAGAAGAUAUUCUCCAUCCCAUGGAAGCACGCCGCUCGUCAUGGAUGGGACCUGAACAAAGAUGCCUGUCUGUUUAAGCAGUGGGCCUUGCACACAGGAAAAUUCAUUCAGGGUGAGACGGCCCCGGACCCUAAGACGUGGAAGGCUAACUUUCGCUGCGCCAUGAACUCCCUACCUGACAUCGAAGAAGUGAAGGACAAAAGCGUUAACAGAGGCUGUGGAGCAGUACGUGUUUACAGAAUGCUGAACGUCUCCUCGAAACCAGUCAACAAGAGGUCGAAGGCAAAGGACUCAAAGAGAAAAAACAAGGGAUCAAAGAUCAAGGCAGAGGAGAUGGACCUUGGUGAAACCCAUUGCCCUGAGGACCACAGCACCAACACACAUCUGCAGGAUGACAGACAGACACAGGAGAGCACGGUAGACAGCACAGGGACCGGAGAUUUUACAUCGUGUGACAAUGAGGUUCCAGAAUUCUCCACCUCCAUAGAAAUCGGCCCUGACAGCACCAACAGCUACUACCCAUCUUUCCAAGUGUCACCAGAACACUCCACGGACUAUGAAGGCAGUCUAGAUAUGAAUGAAGAAACCCUCAUUGAUAUUGCACAGCACUGGGAGCAAUUGGAGCUGCAAAGCAGUACAAACAGCAAGGGAUUCCUGACCAAUGAAGUAGGCACUGCAGAGACUUACCACACACCUGACUCAUACCAUAGUCCAGAGAGCCAAUGGAGUGAUAACUCAGGGGCGGAGUUAGAGCUGAGACUGUACACAGAACUCAGCUCAGGUCUACCAAUGUCUGAAGAUCUCCUGUCUUAUACAGACCACUGGGCUCUGAACAACACACUGAACAACACAAACAGUUAUCUUCAACAGAUCGCCUGUCCACUUUGAGCCUCACAUUGUACAGAAACAAAAGACUCAACCUGACUCUACACUGUCAAAGACUUUUUGAUGACACAAACUUGGAACCUUAAACUCCACCAUCCUCGCCAUGACAUCUGCUGCUCUGUGACAGUUGAACUUCUCAAAUUUUAAGUUACAUGUCAAGAUAUAUACAUAGUCAAACAAGUAUGCUAUUUUAUCUACUCUGUUUUCAGUUAUUGUUAAAUACAUUGUGAAAAAACUCAUUUAUAGAUGGUGUGAGGGCACUCUAGUUGGAUGACCAACAUCAGGUUUUUCUGUUUCACUGUGACAAAAUAUUCCGUUACUUCUACUUGUAUGAAGCAGUAUAUUUCAGGACUAUAAUCACUCAUGAACUAUUUUAAAAAAUGUCUAAUUGGUGAAAGGUCUACAAGAUGUCAUUUUGUGUAAUUAAUCUGUAAAUAUUUGUAUUGAAGAUUUGUACAUAUUUUUCUGUCAUUGUGUGUUUUUUCAUCCGUAAUAAUAAAUUACAGUAUAAUACAAACUUA